AUGAGGCUCCGCUCCGGCACGGGGCUCUGGGCUUGCACCCCGGCUCUGGCCGGGCCGGGCCGCUUUGCAUACACAGUGGUCAGUUGUACAGGAAAAGCUUCUUCACUCAUUGUGAAUAGUAGCCAGGAGUUGGAGCCCCUUGUGCCACCUGGGAGCAAGAAAUUUGAUGAGAAAUGCUUGGCGACCUCCUGCACCCAGCAGCGGCCAGUGAAGCAAUCCUUCAGCAAGUCACUCUGUAGGGAAUCACAUUGGAAAUGCCUGGUGCUCUCCCUUCUUAUGUAUGGCUGCAUGGGAGCCAUGACCUGGUGCCAUGUUACCAAGGUGACACGGCUGACAUUUGAUAGCGCCUAUAAGGGAAAGUCAAUGAUGUACCAUGACAGUCCCUGUUCUAAUGGCUAUGUCUACAUUCCUCUGGCCUUCCUGGUGAUGCUCUAUGUAGUCUAUCUGGUGGAAUGUUGGCACUGCUACACCCGCAAUGAACUCCAAUACAAAGUGGAUGUGGAGAGUGUGCACGAACGCGUCCAGAGGAUGCAGCAAGCCACACCAUGCAUCUGGUGGAAAGCUAUCAGUUACCACUAUGUCAGGAGGACUCGCCAGGUCACUCGUUAUCGCAACGGGGAUGCUUAUACUACCACCCAAGUGUACCAUGAGAGAGUGAACACCCAUGUGGCAGAAGCAGAGUUUGACUACUCCAACUGUGGGGUGAAAGAUAUCUCUAAGGACCUGAUUGACCUGGAGAACUUCCCAGCCACUCGACUUCGCUUCACCAAGUGCUUCAGCUUUGCCAAUGUGGAGUCUGAGAACUCCUAUCUGACCCAGAGGGCCCGUUUCUUCACAGAGAAUGAGGGAUUGGAUGAUUAUAUGGAGGCAAGAGAAGGCAUGCAUCUCAAGAAUGUUGACUUCAAAGAGUAUAUGGUGGCCUUCUCAGACCCAGACAACCUGCCUUGGUAUGUCUCCCACUAUGUCUUCUGGGUGGCUGCUCUCUUGACUUUGUCCUGGCCAUUGCGGGUCUUGAAUGAGUACCGUACUUCCUAUGUUCACUACCAUGUGGAAAAACUCUUUGGGUUUGAUUAUGUGGCAGUAACGCCAGCCGAGGAGCGCCCUUUCUGCCGGAGGAUGCCCCGGGUCAAUACAGUGGACAGUACAGAGCUAGAGUGGCACAUCCGGUCCAACCAGCAGCUGGUUCCCAGCUACUCAGAGGCUGUCCUUAUGGAUUUGGUGGGGCUCUCUGGCUGCACUACCUACUCCUCAUGCCGCUAUGGGAGCUACAGACAGAACUGUGAGCAGUGCCACAGGACUAUAAGCAGCUCUUCCAUCUUCUCCCGCAGUGCCCUCAGUAUCUGCAAUGGCAGCCCCAGGAUCCCCUUUAGCAGCAGCCGCUUUUCACUGGGCCGUCUCUAUGGCUCACGGCGCAGCUGCCUUUGGCAGAGCCGGAGUGGGAGCCUAAACGAGCAGAGCUGCCCGACUGAGCAGACUCGCCUGUCCAGCCAAGUCACUGUGGAGGAGGAGGAAGAUCCCCCUCCUUACCAGGAUGCCCUAUACUUCCCCAUCCUCAUUGUGCAUCGAAAUGAGGGCUGCCUCAACCAUGAUCACCGCCAUCUCCAUCGGAAUGGGUCCUGUGUGGAGACCUCACUAUGA